AUGCCUUUUUGCGGGAAGUCAGACAUCGUGUACAGGAAUAAGAAGCUCUUCUGCUCCACGAAGAAACCAUCGGCUUCUUCCGAUAGCUCUAACGGUCGGCAAUUUGUCGGCAAUAAGAAAGCGAAAUUCAAUUCGAUAGAGGAAAUCCUAAGCCCUAGGAAAUUCACCGCCUUGUUCUACGCCGGAGUCGAGAGUUUCAAGUGGAAGAAGAAUGGUUCGUCAAUAAAACCAAAAAAAAAGAAUGAUUCGUCAAAGGGCAAAAAAGCCACGAGGUCCAGCCUGUCGCCGCAGGAAUUUUUUUUCAGUUUUCCGAGAGAUAAUCCAAUUCCGGUCGUACCGUUGCCGGCGUCGGGAAGCGGUCAAUACAAGGCAUUGCCUCCUGGCCGAUGCUCUGCAGGAAGCUCAGAAAUUUGCGCAGUAGAGAAAUCGUGUGAAUUGGAAAAUUCAAAAGAGCCAGAAUCCUCUCGUUAUCGUCAACACUUGCGUCUUAUGAGCAGUGCUCCAAGAAAGACAUUUCCUGGUGACAUGAAGAGCUUUUCUCAUGAGUUGGAUUCGAAAAGUGUAGGGCCUUUUCCAUCAUGGAAGUCUCGUAGGUCCAAAAGCUUGGAGGAAAUGCUGGAUCUAAUUCGUACCAAAUUUGAUUUAGCAAAGGAAGCUGUGAAUUUGGACCUUGUAAUAUUUGUUGAAGACCUGAUGAAAAUUCUUGACGAAAAUGCGGAGAUCCAUCCUAAGUUGCGGAAAACCAUUGAGAACUUGUUGGUUUUGGCACAGACAUGUACUGAGAUGACUCCGGGAACGUUCUGGCUUCAGUGUGAAGGCAUAGUUCAAUGCUUGGAUGAUAGACGUCAAGAGCUUCCCAAGGGCGUGCUCAAGCAGCUUCACACUCGGUUGUUGUUUAUACUUGCCAGGUGUACUAGAUUGUUUCAGUCCCACAAGGAAAGUUGGGGACAGGAGGAAGCAAUCAUAGAUCUAUGUCAGUCAAGAGUAUUGCAUUCGACAUAUAAAAGAGUUAGGGAUGGGAGGGGUUCAAGUGCUGCCAAGGCCUUAAAGGAGGAUUCCGAAUCGAAGGAUGUAAAAGAAGCUGCAGUAGCAAAAGAGCAGAAUGAUUGCAAAGUUGAACCUCCAACGGUGGUGAAAAAUGGAGUCGCUACGAGUGAUGGUAUGGCUGUUGCUACGCCGCCGCCAGACUGUCCUCCAGAAAAAUUGUCCAAUCACCGGCACAAUACUUCUUGGGGUUAUUGGGGGGAUCAGCCAUGUAUUUCUGAGGAGAGUUCAAUUCUUUGUCGUAUUUGCGAGGAAGACGUUCCCUUCACUCACGUGGGAUAUCAUUCUAGAAUCUGUGCAAUGGUUCAUAAAUAUGACCAGAAAGGUGUGAGUUUUGAUGAGCGGCUGGUGGUAGUUGCUGUAUCUCUUGAAAACAUAAUAGAGCACAAGGAUAGCCUAGCAGUGAUAGAAAGCCCAGAGGGUAUAGAAAUAUCUAACGCUAGCUUGACCGGGGAAUCUGAUGUUCUCUCCCUAAAGUUAACUGACUUGUCGCGAACAGGGUCGGAGGACAUGCUUGAUUGUUUUCCGGAGGCUGAUAAUUCAGCUUUCGUGGAUGAUAUGAGAUGUUUACCUUCAAUGUCAUGCAGAACUCGUUUUGAUCCAGCCGUGCUGUUAUUCAGAGGCAAGGGUACAUUCCAUGACAAGGAUGAUAUUCCGCAGAUUAUUGAACUUGCUCACAUUUCAAGAUCCGCAGCAAGUUCCAGUCAAGAUGAUGGUAAACUCUUACUUGCUUGUCUUCAAGACUUGAAGGUUGUCAUGAAACGGAGAAAGUUUGAUGCGCUUAUCGUAGAAACUUUUGGGACACACAUAGAAAAGUUAAUACAGGAAAAGUAUCUCCGGCUGUGCGAGUUACUGGAUGUUGAAGACGUUGACCUAUCAAGCACCGUAAUUGAUGAAGAUGCUCCUUCUGAAUGCGAUGUUGUAAGCAGCUUGAGGACCAGCUCAGUACAUUUGCGGGACCGCAUAUCCAUAAAGGAUUUUGAGCACAUAAAAGAAAUAAGUAGGGGAGCUUUUGGGGAAGUUUAUUUGGCUAGAAAGAUAACAACAGGAGAUCUAUUUGCAAUUAAGGUUCUGAAAAAGGCAGAUAUGAUUCGAAAGAAUGCUGUUGAAGGUAUACUUGCUGAACGAGAUAUUUUGAUCAAAGCCCACAAUCCCUUUGUGGUUCGAUUCUUCUAUUCUUUUACCUCUCGCGAGAACCUGUAUCUUGUGAUGGAAUACCUGAAUGGAGGGGAUGUGUAUUCAAUGUUGAGAAAAAUAGGUUGCAUGGAUGAAACUAACGCUCGUGUAUACAUUGCCGAAGUUGUCCUUGCUUUGGAAUAUUUACACUCUGAGGGUGUUGUGCAUCGUGAUCUGAAACCUGACAAUUUGCUAAUUGCACAUGAUGGUCAUGUUAAGUUGACAGAUUUUGGGCUCUCAAAAGUUGGUCUCAUCAACAGCACCAGUGAUCUCUCUGGUCCUGUUUUCAGUGGAACGCCUCUGGUUGUUGAAGAGAAACCAAAAUUGCCAACAUCAGAGCAUCAGCCUGAAAGGCGAGAUAAGCGGUCUGCAAUGGGGACUCCUGACUACUUGGCGCCAGAAAUUCUUUUGGGGACAGGACAUGGUGCAACUGCGGAUUGGUGGUCUGUUGGCAUCAUUUUGUUUGAACUCAUUGCAGGGAUUCCGCCCUUCAAUGAUGAUAAUCCUCAGAAAAUAUUUGAAAAUAUCCUCAACCGUAAUAUACCAUGGCCUAAUGUUCCAGACGAGAUGAGUCUUGAAGCCUAUAAUCUGAUAGAUCGGUUAUUAACGGAAGAUCCUCAACAGAGACUUGGAGCUAGAGGAGCGGCUGAGGUCAAGCAGCACAUCUUCUUUAAAGAUAUAAACUGGGACACUAUAGCAGAGCAGAAGGCUUCAUUUGUGCCGGAUAUGGAAGAUGCUCAUGACACUAGUUACUUCGAAAGUCGCUAUCCUGAUAACUCUUCGGGCGUUAAAUGUUUUCCAGUCAAUGAGAAUAGCGUAUCUAGUGACAGUGGCAGCACUAGUUGCUUGAACGAGAGGGUUGAUGAACGUGGCGGAGCUACGGAGUUGGAAACUAAUGUCUCUGAAAAUAACCCAUUCGAUAAUUUCUCGUACAAGAACCUCGCGCAGCUGGUAUAUAUCAACUGUGAUGUGGUGUCCAAAGAGACAGGAACAAAAAGAGAGGAAAAGAAAGGGGAGAUAUGGAUGGAUAUUGAAACAUUAUUUGGACGCAUAACGCAGCCGUAG